AUGGCCGUGAACCUGAGUAAGAACGGUGCCGCCCUCAUGGCUGCUUACAAAGAGGUGGUGGACGGAAAGACGAGCACCAACUGGGCUCUGUUCACGUAUGAAGGGAACAGCAACGAGAUCCGCCUGGCAGACAAGGGAGAUGGUGGUUUAGAGGAGAUGGUGGAGGAGCUGAACAGUGGGAAGGUGAUGUACGCUUUCUGUCGUGUUGAGGACCCCAACUCUGGCCUGCCCAAAUAUGUCCUCAUAAACUGGACAGGUGAAGGUGUGAAGGACACUCGUAAAGGAUUCUGUGCCAAUCACGUGAGCUCCAUGGCCAGUUUCCUCAAGGGAGCCCAUGUGACCAUCAACGCCCGGGGAGAUGACGACGUGGAGCCGGAGAGCAUCUUGGCAAAGGUUUCUACAGCGUCAGGAGCCAACUUUAAUUUCCACCAAAAGACAGAAUACAGAGAUGCUCCCAGAGGACCUGUGGGUUCCGUGUAUCGUAAGGUCAACGCUGUGGAGGAGAUUCAACAAACCAAGAAGGACGACUUCUGGCUCCAGACUCAGAGGGACGCAGAGGUGAGUCGACAGGAGGACAGCAAACGAGCGGAGGUGGAGAGACAAAGGAUGGAGAGAGAGAGGAUGGAGAUGGAGGUGAAGCAGACGAGGGAGAGAGAGAUGAAAUCAAAGGAGAGAGGUCAGAAGAUCGAACAGGACAAACUUUAUCAGAAACAGAGAGAAGAGGAAGCAGAACGAGAGCAGCAGCAGCAGCGACCGAACCAGCAGGAAAAAGAAAUCAAGAGGACGGGAAUCAACGCUGCAGCAUCUGUGCAGAAAGCCAACGAGGCCAAAUCCCUGAUCUCUCAGAGAUCCUUCAACCCCAGAGACGUCUUCAAGCAGAGGGAGCAGAGCUUCGAGGCCAACGACAGACCGUCUCCGUCCAGACCUGGGAAGCUGCAGAGUCCGUUUCUGUCUCAGAAAUCCUUUGAGAGGGAAACUCUGAGGAUGCCUCAGUUUCCCACCGCUGAGGUCAAGACUUCUCCUGUCCUGUCUCCUGUCCUGUCUCCUGUCCUGUCUCCUGUCCGGUCUCCUGUCCGGUCUGUCUCACCUGUUCCGUCUCACUCACCACCUGCAGCCAUUUACUACACCUCACAUCCCUCACACUCACCUGUUCAACCUGCAGGGGAGGAGGAGUGGUCUGAUGAGUUUGAGGACGAUACAGAGGAAGCGACUCCAGCAGAAUCUCAGGAGUAUCUGUAUGUAGCAGCAGCAGAAGAAGAACCAGCAGUGGGACCAGAUCAGAGUCUGUAUCAAAACGUGGAGCAGGUUCACCACACAGCUGAAGAAAACGGUGCAGACGCUAACGGAGAGAACAUCUGUGCCAGAGCUGUGUACGACUACCAGGCCGUGGACGACAGUGAGAUCACCUUUGACCCUGAUGAUGUCAUCAGUGGGAUCGACAUGGUGGACGAGGGCUGGUGGAGAGGUUACGCACCUGAUGGACAUUAUGGGAUGUUUCCUGCUAAUUACGUGGAGCUGCUCUAA